AGUGGCUGAGAAUCGGUACGGAUCUGAGUGCUCCAGCUCCGGUAAUGGGUGAUCCAGUAGGCAAUGGCAAGGCGAACGGUUGCCAUAACACCAACGGGCAAAGGAUGGAGGAUCUGAAGAUCGCCAUCAUUGGCCAAAGCAACUUCGCCGCCGAAGUGCUAGAGUUGCUGCUCGAGCGAGACCACCUCGUGGUCGGUGUGUUCACGAUCGCCGACAAGGGUAAUCGGGAGGAUGUGCUAGCGACCACCGCCCGUCAACAUCGCAUACCGGUAUUCAAGUUCCCUGCCUGGCGUCGCAAAGGUGUCCCGAUACCGGAGGUCCUGGAAAAGUAUCGCUCGGUUGGGGCCAACCUGAACGUGCUCCCGUUCUGCAGCCAGUUCAUACCGAUGGAGGUGAUCGAUGGUGCCUCGUACGGUAGUAUCUGCUACCAUCCGUCCAUACUGCCCCUGCACCGUGGUGCCAGUGCGAUCGCCUGGACGCUAAUCGACGGUGAUGAGCGAGCCGGUUUUACGAUCUUCUGGGCGGACGAUGGUCUCGACACGGGACCGAUCCUGCUCCAGAAGCAGUGCCCCGUCUACAGUGACGAUACGCUCGAUACACUGUACAAGCGUUUCCUCUAUCCGGAAGGUGUGACGGCAAUGGGUGAAGCGGUCGAUAUGAUAGCCGCCGGUACGGCACCAAAGAUCCCCCAGACGGAGAUCGGUGCCAGCUACGAUCCGGCCCUGUUCCGCGAGGAGAACCAGUAUCUGAAUUUGAACAGGCGAGCUCUCGACAUUUUCAACUUUAUCCGCGGCCUAGACUCGGUACCCGGUGCACUAGCGAUCAUCGAAACCGAGGACGGUGCCGAAGUGCCGGUCCGUCUUUUCGGUGCCUCACUGAGCGCACGGCGAAGUCUGGCCAAUGGGAAACCGAUCCAUUUCAAGGGUGCCCCCGGGGAGGCCUACGUCACGAAGGAGGGCAUCUUCAUCAACGGUACCGAUGAUCAGCUGGUGAAGGUGAAGCGGCUUAAGCGAGGCAAUAAGAUGAUCCAGGCGAGCCAAUGGUUCGAACAGGUCGACGCCAAACCGAUCCCACUCGAGCUGACCGAGAAGGAACAGGAGGUGGAAACGACGCUUCGCUCGAUCUGGAAAUCGAUCCUCAAGGUGGAGAUCGAAGGUGAGACGGACUUUUUUGCCUGCGGUGCCGGUUCGAUGGAUGUGGUCCGAUUGGUGGAGGAAGUGAAGGAUACGCUCGAGGUGCCGGUCAGCAACGAAACCCUCUUCAUGGCACCGGCCUACGGUGAGUUCCUGCAGGUGAUAGUGACACUGCUGCGCCGAGCCGAUGGCAACCGGGAACAGGGAAUCGACGGUGACCGGAGUGGACCCACCUUCGCCACCACCACCUUCAAGCACGUGUUGCUGAAAGCUAACAAACGCGAGAUCCGCGUUCCAACGCAGCUCUUCAUCAAUGGCCACUUCGUGGAUGCCGAGUGCGGCAAAACGUUACCGAUCGUGAAUCCUUCCACGGAGCAGGUGCUCUGUGAGGUAGCGGCCGCCUCCAAGAACGACGUCAACGCGGCCAUCGAGAGUGCCGACGAGGCGUUCCGUACCGUGUGGUGUGCGAGUGUUUCGGCACGCGAACGGGGCCAGCUGAUGUACCGGUUGGCCGAUCUGAUGGAGCAACACAAGGAGGAACUGGCGACGAUCGAAGCGAUCGACUCCGGUGCCGUGUAUACGCUAGCGUUGAAAACGCACGUCGGUAUGUCGAUCGAUGCCUGGCGCUACUAUGCCGGUUGGGCGGACAAAAUCGAGGGCACCACGAUACCGGUCAGUCCCGCCAAACCGAACCACGUGCUGACGUUUACGAAACGGGAACCGAUCGGUGUGUGCGCCUUGAUCACGCCCUGGAACUAUCCGCUGAUGAUGCUGUCCUGGAAGAUGGCGGCCUGUAUUGCCGCCGGUAACACCGUGGUCAUCAAACCGGCCCAGGUAUGCCCGCUGACCGCGCUCAAGUUUGCCGAGCUAACCGUGCGCGCUGGAUUUCCACCCGGGGUCAUUAACGUUGUGACCGGUACUGGGUCGCUGGCGGGCCAAGCACUGGCCGACCAUCCGUUGGUAAGGAAGCUGGGCUUUACCGGUUCAACACCGAUCGGGAAACGCAUCAUGACGUCCUGCGCCGAGUCAAACAUUAAAAAGUGCUCGAUGGAGCUGGGCGGCAAAUCGCCGCUCGUCAUCUUCGCCGAUUGCGAUCUCGAGAAGGCCGUCCGGCUCGGGAUGUCUUCGGUGUUUUUUAACAAGGGCGAAAAUUGUAUAGCCGCAGGCCGGCUCUUUGUAGAGGAUCGCAUUCACGACGAGUUUGUCCGGAAGGUGAUCAAGGGCAUCCGGACGAUGAAGAUCGGUGAUCCGCUCGAUCGAGCCACGGCCCAUGGGCCGCAGAACCAUCUGGCACAUUUGCAGAAACUCCAGGAGUACUGUGGGAUCGGGGUGAAGGAGGGUGCCACGCUGGUGUACGGUGGUAGGCGGGUGCCCAACAUGAAGGGACUGUUCUUUGAACCGACCAUCUUUACCGACGUCGAGGAUCACAUGUACAUUGCGCAAGAGGAAUCCUUCGGUCCGAUCAUGGUCAUCUCCAAGUUCCAUGCAAGCGACUUUGAUGCGCUGGUGGCACGGGCCAACAACACGGAGUAUGGACUGGCGAGCGGUGUGUUCACGAAGGAUCUGCAGAAGGCGAUGAGGUUUGCGGAGAAAGUCGAAGCCGGUACGGUGUUUGUGAACACGUACAACAAGACGGAUGUGGCCGCGCCGUUCGGUGGUUUCAAGCAGAGUGGAUUUGGCAAAGAUUUAGGAAAGGAAGCGUUGAACGAAUACCUGAAGACGAAAUGCGUGACUAUCGAGUACUGAUUUACGUGGAAUCUAUUCAUCUAUAUUGACUGGAAUAGCUAAGCUGUUAGCUGGUGGUGAUGGUGGAUGAAUGAAGAUUGGUGCUGUUACCGAGGACGAGGGUGCCACAUGGAAUACCGUCGUCAUAUAAACCGAUGUAUAUGCUCAUGAGGUAAUCGUUAUCAGCCAGACGGAAAAGAGGGAAUGAGCAAACGCUCGGUGCUAGCUGGAAGAGGCUUGCGAAAUAAUGCUGCUGCUAAAAUUGGGUUGGUGAGAGCUGAAGAUUAUCAGGAAUUUUGAGAAUUAUCGCACCUCGAACACGCACUUAUGCAACCCUCAAGUAGAGCGUUUUUCGAACACGCCGCGUCCUUCCGUUACGCUACUUCAUUAUGUAUGAGUUCAUUAGGUUCCUUUCGCAUUUAUUUUUACGCUCUUUACAUCUGGGCAUCUCUUUUUGUUUUGGAUGAAUUUUGGGCUUGAGAUGAGCAAGAUUUAAUAUCUUCUUCAUUUAAACCAUUUUCUGAAAAUUCGUUUAUGCAUUUUUCUUCUGCAUAUUGUUUCGAACCUUUGUUGAUUGAUCAUUCAUUGCACUCUACUAUUAAUCCAACUGGCAACGUUAUUCAUGAAACGCGUUCAAAAUCGCAUCAAUGCACUUUCGCAAAUCGGUGCACAAUGUCCUUUCUCUCCAUCAUUAUGCCUAUCUAUGGUUGAGAACUUCUCACUAUUAUUAUAGGACAUUCCAUCACCUGUAGUUCCAUUAUAAUUUCUCCAUCCACCACCGAACACUUUCUGCUCACAAUACAUUUGAUACGGUCCAGUAUCGUUCUGCGAAUGAAUCAGAUACGUUGCAGUAUGGUUGAUUGUAUUGAUUUUGUAGCACACGUCCUAGGCAAUGGUCAAGUGUAUGCAACGUAGUGUAUGGACCUUCUCCUGGUUUCGAUUGUGAACCUCGCUUAAAUUAAGCGCGAGUUGAUUUUCCAACAUACGAAGCAAGGCGAACAUUUCUUUAUGGCUCUUAUCUGGGCUGGAUGAUUGUUCAUUGUCGUGCAAUCUCGCUUAAAUUAAGCGCGACUUGAUGUUCUGGUUCACGAACCACGACGAACAUUUCUUCAUGACUGGAUCCAUGUUCCUGGAUCUCGUUCUCUAUUUUCAGCAACUUGCUUGCUGACUUAUCUUUCACAAUAUUUCUUAUACUAUCUUCGGAACUUAUCUUUCACACUCUGCAGAUUGUUCUCCACUCUUUGCAGCUUGCUUGAUAUAAUAUCAAACUUCGUUAGGGGUAAUUCGAGGCCAUAUCUCAGGGUGCUAUACAUUGAAUGAUUCACAUCGUUCUUAUCGUUGCGACCACUUGCAUUUGCAUAGAAGCUGAGCUUCAUUUUUGGAACGCACAUUGCACAAAAAAUGCCUUCAAUAGAGGGAUUAAUUAAACUAAUUAGAUUAAUUCCUCUGAACUGUUCGGAGUGACGAUUUAUACUAAUUCAAUGUUUAAACCAAUGUUGUGUUUGAUUCGCGUAGAAAUGGAGUGCUGGAGAGCAAACAUCUGUGUUAGCUACUUGCGCAUUUUCUAUUCGAUAAGCCAUGAGUUCAGGAUGUUCUUAACGAAAGUGCUGUAACCGAUGAUGAUGAUGUCACCGUACACCACAUGAAGCAUUGACUUGAGAACGGUUCUUUUGGCAAAUCAUGCAUUUAACUAAAACAUUUGUGGUUGCUUUCUGAGGUUGAAAAAGUGAUGCUUUUACGAUUUUGCCUCAAAAAACCAGUUUUACAUAUUUAAAACGAAAAGUAUAAAAAAUGUUUAUGAAAGAUCGACCGGGCUGCCUGGUUAAUGAGUGUACAGAUAAGUGCUUUAAAAUUUUAAAUCGAUCGGUCCAGUAGUUCUUAUGUUACAAUGGGGCCUACAUUGAAAAUGUAGAAUUUUAGAAAACCGGUUCAAAGUAGCGAAAUGUAUUGAGCCAUUUAUGAAAGGUUGUUGGUUUUGCUGCGAUUGGUCCAAAAUGUUCACACAAUACUCUUUAAAGGAUAAGCAUUCAUAAAAAAUGUAAAAAAAAUGUGAAUAAAAAUAUAAAAUACCUUAGCC